AUGGACUUUAUUAUGAUUCAUGGGUUCAUCCUGCAUUUAGUACGAAGCGAUCAAAAGUACUGUGUUUCAAAAAGAUGGGCAUAUAUUAAGCACGACAGUCUUUUUAUCUUUCCGAAUCAUCUAAACCGUAAGAAUUGCCUUAAAAUUUUUCUCAAUCAUUGUGGUGUUUCUGUAUCAUAUCAAGAAGAUGAUACGCCCUGGAUAACAAUCACAGAAUACUCUGGAGCUACAUAUUAUAUUAGACCAGAAGCAGAGAAGACUUUUCAAAACUGGCUAACUGCUAUUUACAAAGCAUCUAAAAAUUGCAAAUCACAGUCAGUGGGGCUUAAUAUGGAGUGCCGACCACAUUUCACAGAUCAACACUUGUCCAACUCAAUAGAACAGAAAAUCCUGACUUCGAAAAGGUUAAAUGAAAAAAGAAGUCUGGAUCAUUUAGGCCCUGAAUAUUCCAACAUUUAUCAAUCUGAUAACAAUGAACUCAAUGCUCAACCAUCACUGAAUUCAGCAGUUCAACCUAUCAACAGUAAUUAUUUGAAUAGAGAUUUGGAAACGAUUCAUUCAAGGCAGAAAAAUGUUAAAUAUGUUAGUGAAAAUACAUUGAGAAGUAAAAAUGUGCAAGUUGAAUAUAAACCGAAUGAAGAUAAACCACCACCUAGACCACCAAGAAAUCCACAUGUGUUACACACUGUUAAAGAACAUGCAAAUAUGCGUGAUGAUGAGAUUGUUGAGACAAAAGCUUUGACAAAUGUUAAACACCGAUAUCCUGUUACUGGUUUGGCUAAACGAAUGAGUAUUGCUGCAUCAGAUCUUUUAGGUAAAUCGCGUGAUGAUCUCAUCUUGUUGCUUCUUCAAUUAAAUCGUGAAAAAGCCAAUCUAAAAAGAUGGUAUGAAUAUUUCACUUAUCAAAUCGAUCAAAUUCAAUUAGUAAAAGGGAAUACAAAAGAAGCAAAAUCAGAUAUAACUGUAAUUCAGUCUGAAUUGAAUGAUGUAAUUGGUCAGUUGAAAUUAUCAGACCCAUUAAUAAAGUUUCUUGAUAAUAUGAUCCGUAUGGGUGAUGUUUACGGUGGUGAUGAUGUAUUGUUUGCUAGUGAAUAUCGAAGACAUCUAUUACCCUCUCAUGAGAUUGUUCCAUCAAAGCCAAGUUUAGAGUUUGCUCGUGACAUUGAAGAACGUGAAAUUGCUCGUGUUCUAAAUAAUUCAUUACGUCAUUCUCUACAUCGUACAAGUCCUCUAUCUGAUGGAAAUCAUUUCAGUCAACCAAUAACACCUAUUUCAUCAUCACCGUCACCAUCAACAUCACCUUUCAAUAACUUAAAUACAUUGAUUAUACCAAAAUUAGAUAAUAUGCCUGAACCGGUAGAAAUUCGUUUACAACGAAAACGUUUGGAACAAGAAUUAGCUAAUAUUGAAAAUCUAUGUGCUCCGCAUCAGUUGAUCCAUAGAAAAUUGAAGGAUACACAAAAAUCAAUUCGAUUAACUGAACGAAAUAAAUUGCCUACAGAACAAUCAAAUAAAUUUAAUUCCAAAGCACCAUCAGCUACUUUAUUACGUAGAUUACAUCAAGAUGGUAUACAUAAUCGUCAGUCAAAAUCGGCUAAUAAUUCAAUGAGACGAAAAUUAACUGGAUCUGAUUAUGCUGAAUUCUAUGAUGAUGUAUAUAAACGUCCCAAUACUGCAUUUGACCAUUAUUCACAAUCAUCAGUAAAAAAUAAAUCAUACAAUAUUCAUCAUAAAUAUCAUUAUGAUAAUGGUGACAAUGAACCAAGUGAAGAUGAAGAUGGAAUUAAAACAUUUCGAAGUAUCCCAGAAAAUUUGAAUUUAUUUCCAAAUGAUACAUUAUUUAUGAAAAAUACAUUGAAACCAUUACAAGAUGAAAGACAUAAACCAUUGAAUUUUAGUAAUCCACCAAUUCGAUCAAGAUCUUAUUCUGAGAAACCGAUCACAUCAAUCAAGACACCUCUAAUCAAUAAUCCUUUAAGAAAAUCAUUUGAAUUAUCAUCAAAAUAUUCCCAUGAUGAUAUGGAAGAUAAAGAUUAUUAUGAAAAUAAUGAAAGAAUUUAUAAUGAAUUACAAAAGAAACCUUUACAUGAAUAUUCUACAAAUGAAGUGAAUCAAAUUAAUGAAUGCAAUUAUGAUUUAUCCAAACGAAAGACUUUGAAUCAUAUAAAACCAUCUCAUGAUAUAGAUCAUCUUCAAUUUAAACCAAAUAUAUUGUCCUCUGAAUAUUCAAAGUAUUCUGCAUUUGAAAAAGAUUCAAACGAGUUAAAAUAUGAAAAUUAUAAUCAUAAUAUUCGACAAAAAUUCGAUGAUUUACUUGAGAAUAUUGAUUUCACAACAGAUCCGGGUCAGUUCAAUCAAGGCGACCUGUAUAGAAAUAAUGAUGUUCCACCAAAGAAACUUAACAGAAACGAAUUUGGAAGGAACGAAGUAUCCAAAGGUUCAUUUUUUGAACAACCAAUUACUAUUGAUAAAAGUUCACUGAACAAACCAUCUUCGUCAUCUCUAGAUACUCAUGGACAAAAUCCCGACGUUAUAUAUGCUAAUCUUUCUAGACCCUCCAUGCAAGAAACUGAAUUAUUCAGUGGAACACAUCCAUCUGAUAAUAAUAAUAAUCACCAUAAUUACCAUUAUAAUUCUAAAAGAGAGACAAUAAUAUCAAAUUGUUCUUCUAUUAUGGAACAAAAUAAAAUACAACCAAUUAAAAAGUCAUUAUUACCACAAACUAAUACAAUGACAAAUAAAUAUAAAUUAAAUUUAUAUGAUUCUUCAAGACGAUCAUCUUUAAAUCAAGACAAUAUCAACUCAGCUGGAUCUCUUGAAAGUAUGUUCACUAAUCAAGAUCAAAAUACACCUGAUGAAUAUUUCAUUGCUACACCAAGAUUAUCUUCACGUAAAGAUAUUGGCAAAAAUAGUGAUAUUGAAAAUGGUGAUGAAAUUAUUAUACCAAGAAAGAAAGAAGAUAAAAUCAAUUCAUUAAGAAAUGUUCUAUUACGACAAAGUUUAACAGAUUCAUCAGUUUACAAUCAAACUAAUGAUCGUUUAUAUAACGGAAAUCAAUUACAAGAAACAAAUACUGUUAUAGCUGAACGAGUUCGAUUAAUGACAAUUAAACAACAAUUAGCUAAAGAAGCAGCUAGCACAAGUGCACGUCUUAAUGCACGUGAACAUCCAUCUAAUUAUAAUAAUGUAUCUAGAUAA